GGAAUUCAAAUUGGAGCUGUCACUUCUCUAUAUUUACUUUGUUGCAUUUUGCGCAUAGUUAAAAUAAAAGAUCUGGCAAACACCAUCUCUGCUGCCUUUUUUUGUCCAUUGGAUUCUUUCUCCCCACAUUGUGAAGGCAGACUGAUUGGAAAUAUGAAUUGGUUAUGUUGUGCAAAUAGAAGCCAGUCAUCAGGAAGUGAUAGCAUUGUAAGGCAGCCCUCGGAUGCUGAGUCUUUAAGAAAAGAAGUAUUAUAUUCUUCUACUCCUAAAACUGAGUUAGAAGGUGUGUCUACGAAAAAUGGUUGUCGAGGCUCCCGCUUGGAUUUGAGGGAAGCUUUGCUUUCUCAUAUAACAACUGGGGACGAUGUAGAAGUCUUGGGUGCUCUAAGUGUUCUGGCUACACUAUUGCAGACUGAAGAGCUGGAUGAAUCAAUGCUGGAUGCUCUUGGAAUCCUUCCUCAAAGAAAACAACAUAAGAAAUUGUUAUUGGAAGCCUUAGUUGGUGAGGAUUCUAGCGAACAGCAACUCUUUUCUUCAGAAAACGCCUCAUCGAAAGGUGGCAUCGAUGUUGAACUUGAUGGUUACCUAAAGAAGCUUAAGGUACUCUUUUUGUCUUCCAUGCUUCCACUAACCUUCUUACAUGCUAAUAUUAAGAAAGAAAUCAUAUUUCUUCGGCCUCUUAUCGUUGACACAUAUUGCAUACAAGAAUUGUAAUACUGAAAGGCUUUCAAGGGCUACUCUGAUAAUAUUUUAGUUGCAUUUCUGAAGUUAAAGUCUGGUUUUUUAUUAUGGCACCUUAG